AUGGAUUCAAAAGGUUAUGAUGCUGCGAUAUCGGAUCCAGAAAUUCACUUUGCUACAUCUAUUCAAUCUCACAAACUUCUUGUGGAUGAAGUCCUUCAACUAUUGGAGAAGACAAAGGCAAGUUUAGAUGUUGCCCAUUCAAUCGUUAUGCAAAUUAGUGAUUUGACAGAGUCAUCUAAGGUCUAUGUGUCUGAUUCGGACGUUGAAGAUGAUAUUCAUCAAUUUUCUUGCUACAGGCGAUUAUCGAAACCUCCGCGGAGGUCUAUCGUACUUAAAAGGACUCCGAGAAAAAGAGAAGAGAGUCUCAAUCACUUUGCAACUGGAACUAGUUUUUCAAAAGGUAAAAGUGAAAUAAAGGUUGAAGAGAAGCCUGUUGUUAAUGAAGCAAUUUUGUGUCCCAAUGAUCAAGUUGUGAACGAGAUGCUGAAGAUUUUUGUGCCAAAUCUAUUUACCGAAAAGCUCUCGACCAACGUGGCAGAUUUGCUUUGA